AUGGGUCGGGAAAUGACAUACUGCCUACGCCAACGGCUGCUUCGAUGGGAUUGGGACAUUAAACGCUCCGUCUUAUCGACCCGGGGAUGGGCUGCUCAAGAACGAAUGCUCGCUCCUCGUAUCCUACACUUUACAAAACGCCAGCUCAUUUGGGAAUGUUUAGAAGGUUUCAAAUUUGAGGCUUCAGGUAUCCAAGAGAAGAAAAUCGGAAGAGGUCAGACCGAUCUGGAUUUCAACAAAAGCAAGUUACAACCCUAUAUCACAAGAGCAUUUGACCCGCCGAUUAACCUCGGCAUCAACGAAGCAAAACCGAAGGAUAUACUUAAACGAGUUCGCGUCUGGCAGCAGUGCGUCGAUGAAUAUUCAAAGCGCCACUUGACAAUACCUUCAGAUAAAUUUCCUGCUAUAUCUGGAAUUGCUGCAAUCAUAAACCAUGAUGGAAAGAUGGGGCAGUAUUUGGCUGGUUUAUGGAGCAAUCAUGUUGCCGCCGGACUCGCUUGGGGAAGGCAGAAUAACAUCCUGGCUCAUCCUCCCUCCUACAGGGCACCCAGCUGGAGCUGGGCAAGCGUGGAUGGGUGGACGAGUUCGUUGAUCCUAAGCUCUCGUUCACAGUUACUGGAAACUCCUAACAACGAUACGGGUAAGUUGUGGGCAGACAAGUUCGAUAUCGCGCUGGUGGAUCAUAACAUUAAUAUGCACGAUAAAUCAAAUCCUUACGGAAUCGUUUUGGAAGGGUCAUACAUCACUAUUGAAGGUACUUAUGUCACAAGGGACGAGUUUUUGCACUUGGCCGAGGACCUGUCGAAAAUCGAAUUCGAUGGACCGACCAUAGGACUGGACAGAUCCGAUGUUUUCACCUGCCCUUGCUGCAAACCUUCGGGACCCGAUGAUGCGGAAGCUUUUUCUGACGAAGAGAACCUGGACUUACUAGAACGACUUCGGGAAUCUUCCAAGGGGGAUGCACAUUUUGAUCUGUGUCUUUUCCUUUUUGCGGAUGUUUGGCAUAACACUAAAGGUUUUGUCGACUUGCUACACCUUCGCUGGACGGACGAAAAUAAGGGAGUUGCUGUACGAGUGGGGAUGUCGAGAACGACAAUAUGGGAACAUCAAGGAUCUAGGGAGAGCUUUUGUGAGACGUUCCUUGCAGCUGAUUGGAAACGAAGAGCAGUCAAACUGGUUUAA